UUUUAUACUCGGCAAUAAAAAUGUAAGAAAUCUAAAAAUUGUAGCUAACCACCCAAGAAUUAAAAAAUACUGGAAAAGAUGUAAUGCCAAGAUGGUACUAGAAACCUGUAAAAAAGAGCAAAAGACCUAAUUAAAAUUACAAAAAAAUUAUUUUAAAAGUAAACUUUUUGGGCAUACGACAAAAAUUGUAACAUAAAAUCAAGAAAUGACGGCCACGCCAAAACUCCGAGCUUCGACGAUGGAGUGGUGCGAUCGAAACUCGAGACCCAAGUCUUCAGCGCCCACUCCCGCCGUGCGCCCGGAAGCUACUAGAUGGCAAAAGCCAGGACCCAUGGGCCGGAAUGAGUGGGCCAGCUUCCACAAAACUUACCAAGCAGAUACAAUGGCCUAUAACCUAAGACUGCAGGGUGGAAAGCAGAAGGAAGAUAGUCAAAUUGUUGACAAGCCUUCUUCGGCAGAAGUUAGUUGUCUAAGGGAAAACCAAAAUCGUCUCAGUGUGCCUCGCUGGCAGCGCGAAAAGUAUAUCUCACCGCCACCGGAACAGUUUCCCUAUCGACCACACAUCAUCGGCCGCAGUGUGCCACGUCCGGAACAUGGUAGACCCGUAAGAAGGCCAGCGGUUCCGUGCUGCUUCCAGCAUGAGGAGCUCGAGAACGAGUUUUGGUCUAGCAUGCGGUUUCAUGUGUCGCGGAAAGCACUCACAGCCUGUCCCAGCAAGAAGAUCUAUGAACUGUCCCGGCCACGCCAAUUUCCACUGAAAGCCCACUGCUCAGUGCCCGGCCACUACGAGGACCAGGUGCCCAGACGUCAGAAAAUGUCGCCGCGGCAGUGGCGACAUCAUCUGCAGCGACUCGAGUUCCUUUCGAAACCAAAUCCCCGGGUUCUGGCCGAUCUAAUGUGCUGCUGUCACUAAAUUGGACCAAAAAGAUUACUCCUUAGGCACAGAUCACUUACUAAAUAAAGUAGAUUUAUCCAUUUGGUGGGUUGAGCUGUA